CGGAAGAAAGAGUUCUAACAGGAGAUACUUUCUCAAUGUGAACUUUGUUGCGCUCUCUCCGCUCUCUUUCCUUCUCAAUCAAUGCCACAGUGCUGGACCCUGCUGCACGAUGAACAAUGAAAUUAAGAACUUCUUUUUUUCCAGACGAAACUUGAGGAUAAAUGUUGCUGUGACCGACUCCCACUGUUUCCAGAGAGGAAUGAGUGACCAGGCUGGGCCGGCAGUAAGGAGCAGAGGAAACCGGUGCUCUGGCUGCAGUGGUUCAGCUGCUGGUGUGAGAUAACGGCUGCUAUGAUGAACCUGCUUUUGUGUUUAUGUUGUGUGCUCCUGGAUCUCAUGACCGUCCACAGCCAUGUGCUCAUGCAGGGACGUAUAGUAGGUGGUCACGCUGCUGCACCAAACUCCAUCAAAUACAUUGUGUCACUGCAGAGCACCAGCGGCCAACACUUCUGUGGUGGAUCACUAGUUCACAGGUACUGGGUUCUGACUGCAGCGCACUGCAACAUCGGGGCAGAGCAGAUGAUGAUAGUGGCAGGUGACUACAAAAUAAAUAUCUUCGAGGGUACUGAGCAGUAUGCUAAACCCCACAGGCUGGUCACCCAUCCACUGUACAACAGGAGCACCAAUAACGCUGACAUCAUGCUCAUUAAGUUGCGAGCCCCCAUGGUCCUGAACAGAUUCGUGUCGCUGGUGCCUCUUCCCAGGCAGGGGACCGGUGUGAUCGAGGGCCAUCUGUGCCGGGUGUCUGGGUGGGGGUACAGUAGUCCGGGUGGAAGCCAGGUUCCUGUCACGCUCAGGACAGUCACAGUGCCCAUUGUUUCAAGUGCAAGGUGCAACAGCAGCGACUCCUUCAAUGGGAACAUCACGGCAAACAUGAUCUGUGCCGGCUACAGGGCUGGAGGAAAAGAUGCGUGCAAGGGAGACUCUGGCGGGCCGCUGGUGUGUGGGGGACGAGUCUAUGGCGUGGUCUCCUGGGGCAACGGCUGCGGGGAUGCUAAGUUUCCUGGAGUCUACACAGCUGUGUCCAAAUUCCGUCGAUGGAUAGAUCAAACCAUCUACGGGUCAUUCCUACGCUGUUCCAAAUACUGAUGACGAUCAUGAUGCUGAAAGUAGCCAAUUGUUCCUGAAAAAAAUCAUUCCCUUGACAAUGUUUCAACUGCCGUGCAUCAGAGGUGAUACCUCUGAAACAUUGCUCUGAUUAUACUGAUAAUAUCUGAAUAGCAAUAUAAUGAUAACGCAGCUCAUAUUCUGAAAGUAUCUAGGGGUGAAAACUGGACUUUGUCAGCUACUAUAAUUAUGGGAUUCACUGCAGUUUGCCCUUUUGUGCUGCUGUACAUGUAAUUAUCCUUUUAUGGAAAUAAAUAUUGCAGUUUAGAGAA